CCUGCUCGCCCCAACCGGCUGCUCUGGGACUGCCUGUCAAGCCAAGCUCCUCGCGUCUACCGGCUCCCUUAUCACUAUAUCCUCUCUACUCUACCUUUCUGAAGAAACAGCCUGGCGUUACGUCAGACCUGGGCAAAAACCGCAGGGCAAGCAAGUCGGAGUCUAAGGAGCUAGGCAUUGCUGCCAAACCCGAGUUAAGGCUGCUCACUCACAGCACAGCGUUCAAUGUCAUUAAAAAGGAACACUUUUAAACCGCGGCAGCAUGUGGUAAGUCAAUUUUUCUCUGAUUCGUUUUUCCAGCCGUUGGGAUUUUUUUUUUACAGUUUUCACUCACAUGACACUUUGACCAGUUGUCUCUAGCUGGCAUAAUUGCGCAAAAACUGCGGUAACACCGCGUGUUGGAGAUUGUUCAAAAGUAGACUAACAAACGUUCAGCCACUUUGAAACCUACAUGACAUGAUGAUGAGGCACCCAAGCUUUUCAACAACCACUUGCAGAGAUUUUUUCUUCAUUUUUUAAAUUUGAUUCUUGAUCAUUUCAAAAACAAACAUGCCUCAUGCUCGAAAUAGGAACCCUAGCCCCAUCCCUGAGGUAACAUGGGAUACGGGAUUGAAGGAGAUGAACGAAACUUGGAAGGGAGCUAUUGCCUGUCUCGGGGUGGCAGUCUUUUUCGUCAUGACCAUUGGGAUCAUAUACUGGCAAGUGGUGGAUCAGCCUAACAAGAACUGGAUCCUAAAGGGGAGUUAUAGCGGGCUUAUCUGGGAGAGACGGACUCACUCUCUGGUCAUACAGACACUGACAGAAGACAAGACCUACGUGGAGAUUGACGUGGGCAACGUGGGGAACCCCGAUAUUGAAGUGCCGUUUGUCAGGAACCUGUGCUGGCUCAAUAAGACGGAGUUCUGCUACACAUGGGAUUCGGUGGCGGACGUUAAAAUCUCUUUGGAGGUGAAUGAGGCGACGGAGACAGAGUGUUAUAGCAUGACAUGGUCGCCGGUGCACUGUCAUGUGGAGCUGAAGGACUGCUUCUCCAUGGCUAACAUGUCGUGGUACGGUGGCGCCAGCGUCCAGAACCAGAGCUGGCCAAUCAACGAGCAGAAUGUCACCAUGCAGCCGUUCACUGUUAGCAACCUCAGGGACAACCCGUCUGGCUUUGGCUCAGUCCUCGAACGCUACUUCCUGGGCUCGUCAGGUGUUGCAGUGCUGGUGUCCCCAGAUGUUCCUCUUCAGGUGGGAAUGGAGAGCCGACAGCAUUUUUGCCUACAGACUCCCUCCAGCCUGGAGCGCACCCCGCUUCAGUACACUGUGUGUGUGGGCCACAACAUCAGGGCUGUACACCAGGAGGCGCUGCAGCAGCUCUCAUCGCCCAGCAGGGAGCUGCCCAACAUGGACGUCUUAUGGUUGCCUUUCUGGAAGCUUCUGGCCAGUGUGGACUCAGGGCCAAAGGUAGAGAGGGAGUUGAGGACCUUCUCCAACCGUCUGAGGAGACACCAGCUGGGAGAGGGGGCCAUCAGCCUCAACGAACAUUCCACCGCCCUCCUCGCCGACAUGGACCAAGACUACCUCACCAGCAGGAAAAGGGGGACAUCCAAGAGACAGACCAGGGACUUCAGGGACCUCUCACUGAUCAAGCUUCUAAACAUUUCCAUCACCCUGUCCCCGUUCCUGAGCGUGGACACCACCCAGUUCCACAAGUCCCUGCUGGACGGCACUGAGGCCUAUUGGCUCAGCCUCCCCGUAGCCCCACAGGGGCGACUGGUGCCUGUGCUGACCCAGUGGCGAGGGCAGUUCUGCGUGAAACUGAACAUCAGCAACCCAGAGGCGGUCAGCUGGUUCCUGGACCGGGUGGGCUUGCUGCAGGCCCGUCUGGGCAUGGAGUCCAUCCAUCUGGAGGGGGCAGAGGGGAACCCGCUGGACCUAGGCGGGGGAGACCAGUAUAUUGGCCAACUGGCAGAUGUGGCAGCCAGGAUAGAAGAGUCGGCUAUCAUGAAUGCAGGGACUAGGUCGAGCCACAAGCCUGUGUUUGUGCGGAUGCCUCCUUUGCAGUCUGACUGGAGCUCCUCUGGACUGAAGGGCCUCAUUCCCUCCUUGCUGCACCACACUCUGCUGGGGUACAACUUACUCAUUCCCGACGCAGUAGGUGGUUCUCUAUCUGGGGACCUGGUGACUGACGAGGAACUGUUCAUCAGGUGGCUGCAGAUUGUAGCCUUCCUCCCCGUCAUCAGCUUCGAGACGCCUCCCUGGGUCUGUGGGGAAGAUCGGGUGCUGAACUUGACACGGGCUCUCAUCGCGUGGCACCAGGACUUUGUGGUUCCACUGGUGACGAGGUAUGCAGAAGACUGGAUGACCUCGGGGAGCCCAAUUUACCGGCCCCUGUGGUGGCUCAGCCCUGAUGACCCCGCGACCUUCACCAUUGAUGACCAGUUCCUCAUCGGAGACGAGGUCCUUGUUGCCCCGGUAAUAGAGAGGGGGACAGUACGGAGAAAUAUUUACCUGCCCGACGGGGGCUUUCAGUGGCAGGACAGCCGCAACGCCCAGGUGUUCGACGGGGGAACUCUCUUGGAGGACUACCCUGUCGCCCUCGAGGAGGUUGCCAUUUUCUUACGGAGGAGAUCUUGAGGCUCAAGUCACGUGAUUUAUACGUGACCUAUCCCGGAUACUAGUUUGGAAUCUUUUAUUUUAUGUUUUACUCGUGCUGUUCUCAAGUUGCACUUUUCCACAAAGACAAUUGACAGAGGCUCAAGACUUCUUCUUGAGAUUAGAUGUGAAUAUUUUUAUACUUGCACUUUACAAUUCAGAACGAUUUGUAUUUUAUUGACGUCGUUUUCUUCUCUCUUCUUCCUUUUUUAAACUUUAAUCUGCUGUACCUCUCGGCUGAUUGUUUCAGGACUUCUUUUUUGUUUCUUCUAAUCAUUGCUGUUCUUGCUUUUUUGUAUCUCAGAAAGAAACCUAUGUGUUUACAUAUGAUUCAUUUCUAACGUUUAACUGCUGCCGGUUCUCAUGGAGACAUGGAGUACCAACGCAUGCCCCUCGUUCGCUUAAAAAGAAAAGAUAUGAAUUUCUAAAGAAGACCAAACGAAGUAAAAGAAACAGAAGAAUAUGGUUUCUGCUAACGGAGAGCCUGGAAGGAAUGAAUGAGAUGUUUGCUUAAUAUGAAAGAGGCUGAAGCAGCUUGGUAUUUCUCUUUCAUUCUUUGGAACAGCUUUUACUUGACCUAGGCUUAGAGCUGAUGUAUGAUGAAUGUACCUCAACUUCAGUUUUUUUCAUUGCUUUACUACGCUAACAAGUCUGUCAAUCAACACUUACACACUUCAAGACUUCGAGACACCCCUUCCUUUAAAGCACUUAUUUUUUCAACUCAUGCUCAAACAAUAUGCAGAAUAUAAUGCUAAUAUUCUUUAUUGUACUUUACAACCUUAACAUACACUACUUGACCAAAAGUAUGUGGACACCUGCAGGUCAAACAUCUCAUUCCAAAAU